AUGAAAGAAGAAUACAAUGCACUUAUAUCUAAUGGAACUUGGGUACUUGUACCUCGGCCACCUAAUGCUAAUAUUGUUAACUGUAUUUGGUUGUUCAAAGAGAAACUUAAUGUAGAUGGUUCUCUAGCACGAUAUAAAGCAAGACUUGUUGCAAAUGGCCGCAACCAAUGGCCAGACAUUGACUGUGAUGAGAUAUUCAGUCCCGUUGUCAAGCCAUCUAUUAUCAGGACUUUUCUCAACCUUACUAUUUCACAUCAUUGGCAGGUUCAUCAGUUAGAUGUGCAGAAUGCCUUUCAUGGCCAUAUUUAG